AUUCGUCACAAAAUUGGUCUCUUAUUCAAACAAUGAAGUAUAUUUCAUGCUUGUCGAUUGAAUUUAAUUAAAAAAAAACCCAACUCAAUACAAAAUGAAGCAUCCAUAUAUAGUCCAUACCAAAUACGAUAGCAUAAUAACCAAUUAUCACUCGAUCUAUUAAUAACUACUACGAACGGAGUAUUUGAUAUGCUCAAAUGAUUGAAAUGAAUAUAACUACAAAGUACAAACAUAUGUAAAUUAAAGGUUUAAUUUACCCCUCACCCCCCAUCACUUCCACAUCCACAAAAACAAAAACAACACAGGGCGAUGCAAGCUAGCUAGCUAGGCUAUGCCGCAUGCAUCUUUUUAAGAAACUACAAAUGGCACAAUGAACAUGAAUCCUACUUAAAUGCAUGUAUGAUGAUUGAUACUCGUAGACAGCAUGAAAUGCGGCAUCAAACUCCGGUGGGUGCGGCGGACGGGGUGGGUGUUGGUGGGUUCGCUGGACUGGGUGUGGGUGAUGGGGUGGGACUGAUGGGUGUGGGCGGGGGCGGGGUAGGAGUGGGUGGAGGGGGCGGGGUGGCCGUGGGUGGGGAGGGUGGGGGUGUAAUGGGGGUGGGUGGGGUGAAUGGGAAAGGUGGGCUCAUGAUGGAGGCGCCGGAGAAGCAGCCGGAGACACAGUUGAUGUUGUCGCUGCCGCAACCGGUGACGCAGCCCAUGGAGUCGAGCACGGCGGCGGCGCUACACUGGAUGGCGCAAGUAAUGGCUCUCUGCCCACAGUUGAUGAUGCACUGCCCCACCAUCUGCGGCUGCCCGCCACCGCGCUCCACCACCACCAGCAACGCCAUGGUUAUUACCAUUACUUUUUGCAUCAAAGACGACAUUUUGAGAAAUCCCAUUGGUCUGGUUUAUAAAUGGCAAGUUUUUUGUGGUAUUAAAAUCUGCAGAUAUUUUAUGAUGAAUUGAUGAUAUAUGGAAUUGUUUCGAUCGGUCCUGUUGAUUUAUACACAUAAAAAGGUAAAAAGGGAUACAUUAUUGGAGGCUGAAAUGGAGGAUGAAACUCAUGAAAGAGCUGAACAUAGCGUGGUAUGGCGGUGUACCGGACCGUCCAUCCGAGGCCCACGCUACUCUUCAUGCUUUCCAUAUUCAGUUCUUCCAUUCCAUGACCAAUAUUUUCCUUAAUUACUCCGUAGUUUUUUUGUGUGUGCUAAUAAUGAGAAAGUUCCCGAAAUAGGACUAAAAGAGUUUCAAAAUUCUAAAAUAGGACUGUCAUGUAUUUAUUCCUAAAAUGAGACAAAUUACUGCCGAAUUUGGAAAAUACUAUCAUGUUUGAAGUCUGGUACUGCCAAAACAUAACAAUAAUUAGUCCUAUUUUGAGAAUAAAAACAUGGAAGUCCUAUUUUGAAAUUUGCAAACUUUUUUUGUCCUAUUUAAGGUAAUAUCUCGCUAAUUAUCUUUGUUAGGCACAUGGUUUUAUGUACUCUUCUUAAAAAUCUGAUCAGAACGGCCAGGUUGACCCAAAAAUGGACUACAACAACAACAUCUAGAUGCCACGGAGCCACCGCGAGAGGAGGGAGGGAAACCUCGACUUGAAGAUACCAUUUUUGACGCAUUCUUUGAUAAAGGGCCUGAUAAAGGCCUAAACCCAUUAUUUUGGUUUACUUGUCACCCUGAGAUGCG